CUCGAAGCGGUGCGUCCGCUGGACCGGGCGUGUGGGCAACGUGCCUAAACGUAUAUAUAUCCUCCUCCCCGGACGCUGCUUGGUCUCUCCUUUCCGCCCAUGCUUUGACCGUCCUCAGGAGCCUCCCGAACCUCGUCGCGACCAUGUCUAACCACGUCGACCGCAUCCUCACAGACCCUAUCAUCUCGACCGAGAACACCGCCUUCUCACCUUCUCGCUCCAGACCUCCCGUAGAGCUUCCUCUCACUAAUGGCCAUUCUGCCACGGAGCGGGACCCACUUAUUGGACAGGCCAAGGUCAAGAAACCGUUCUAUCGUGCAAGGCCGCUAUGGCUCGUUCCGUUUGCGCUUGUGUCUGCGAUAACACGUGGAAUGACUGUCGCAUCCCGCGUAGAGGUCUUCACCGAGCUCUCGUGCAACAACCUCGACCACCACUACAACCACACUGUCAUCCUCCCUUCCCUCCGCGCUCCCAAGACCGCGCUCGACGCGUCCACAGCCGCAUCCCCUACAAAUUCGUCAACAGCCCUCUCUCACGAGCCGGUCACAGUCUACUUCGACGAUGACGACGACUGGGACGACCCCCGCGUCAUUCCGAACAAGCGCUGCGUCUCCAAUCCCAAGGUCCAGGCCGGCGCAGCGCGUCUCCAGACCAUAAUAACGACCACCAUGGGCGCGCUUUCGGCACUUACCACUGGCUUCUGGGGCAAGUUCGGCGAACGCCACGGCCGCACACGCGUUCUCUCCAUCGCCACCUUGGGACUCCUCCUUACAGACCUGACAUUCAUCCUUAUCUCCACGCCACACAGCCCGCUCGCCACACACUCCCACAAGCUGCUUAUCGUCGCCCCGAUCCUCGAGGGCGCCCUUGGCGGCUGGUCGAGCCUCAACGGCGCGUGCACGGCCUACAUUGCCGACUGCACCUCCUCCGGCUCGCGCGCACGCGUCUUUGCGCGCUUCACCGGCGUCUUGUUCACUGGGCUCGCACUGGGCCCGUUCCUCGGCGCGUGGCUCAUCCGGAAUCCGCUGCCGUUCUUGCAGAUAAGCCACGGCGGACACCCGCUGGAGAGCGUGAACUCGGUGUUCUGGGUCGCGAUCGCGCUCUGGUUCGUCAACUUCCUGCUCGUCCUCUUCGUCUUCCCCGAGUCGCUCCCCGCCGCGAAGCGCGCCGCGUUCCGCAAGGGGAAGAACCGCGCGACGGGCGAACACACGGACGAUCUCGCGAUCUCGACCUCGACCUCCUCGUCCUCGUCCUCCUCCUUGGGCUUCAAGCACGGCUCGAGCCCCGGCCGCUCGCUGUUCCGUGUCGUCCGCGGCUUUCUCUCGCCGCUCGCGAUGUUCCUCCCCGCCGAGGUUCCCGGUGCAGGUGUAGUGAGGGUGAAGACGGGCGACACCAAGGCGUCGCUGAGAUCAAAGGCCGAGAAAGACUGGAGCCUGACGUACCUCGCGCUCGCGCUCUUCCUGCACAUGCUCGCGAGCGGCAUAUUCCAGAUCAAGUAUCUCUACGCGGAGCACGUGUACGAGUGGACGGCGGAGCAGCUGAGCUACUAUAUCAGCUUCAUGGGCGCGGGGCGCGCUGGGUAUCUGCUGUUCUUGUUGCCUUUUUUGCUUGCGACAUUUAAACCCAUCCACGCGGCCAUCGCCCCUGCUUCCUCCGUGCCCGCCACCACCACCUCCAAAGCAAAGCCCAAACCCACGCGCGGCCAGCUGCUCACCGAGAUGCGCUUCGACCUGCGCGUCGUCCGUCUCUCGCUCUUCGCCGACCUCGCCUCGCACGUCCUCGUCGUGCUCGCGCCCCUCCCCGGCGACUCCUCCUCCUCCACCACUGGCGCGGACUCCGCAUUGAAGUGGCGCUCGCAGAUGCUGUUCGUGGCCGCGACGUCGCUCGCGAGCGCGGGCGCGGGUGUUAUGCCCGCUGUGCAGAGUCUCGCGCUGUCGAUGCUGCAGGGGCGCGCGGCUGGUGUGGCUGCUGCGGCCGCAGCGGUGGCGAAGCAGCAGCGCGGGGAUAGGCUGGGGUCCAUUAUCGGUGAGGCGGAGGCUGGAGCGGGGGCAGAGACGUCGGUGGCGCCGAGCGUGGCGAGUCUGCACGAGGACGUGGCGCUCGAGCCGGGCAAGCUGUUUGGUGCGCUCGCGGUGCUGCAGGCGAGCGGGCAGAUGAUUCUCGGGCCGCUGCUCUUCGGCCUCAUCUACAGCGGCACAGUCGGCACCUCCCCAAAAUCCGUUUUCGCAGCCGCAGGCGCGCUCGUCUUCCUCGCGAUCCUGUUCAUCGGGCUCGUCAGCCUCCCGCGCGCGGGGCUCGCUUCCUCCUCCUCGCCUUCCACCUCCACUACCACCGCCGGCACCGGCACCGGCAAAGCCCCUGCUCUCAAGCGCAACACAGCCGCAUGCUGGCCAGUGGCGACGGCGAUAGGCGCGGGCGGGCAGGUCGUUCCGGUUGUGAUGAGCGCCAAUGCCAACGCCAAUAACGCAAAGGCGAAGCGCCGGAGAGAGGCAGAGGAGCGCAGGGGGCGCUCGAUGGUGCGGAAGGACCUGCGCGGGGGCGCCGCGCCCCCUGCCUCUACCUCUACCUCUACUCCUGCGCCGGGGUUGUCGAAUGUGCGUGCGGGGCCGUCGGGGAUGCGCGUGUCAUGAUGAGAUGGCGGUGGCGGUUGGCAUGGGAUUGUUAUGUAUGUGGUGUGGUUUGACUCGGCUCUUUAGAUACCCUUGACUUGGGUGGAUUGAUUGCGUUGUAUUGUAUUAUUUAGAUGGGUCUGGACAUCAUCGUGUACUUACUGUAUCGUGGUUGCGGAUCGCUGCACUCUUU